ACGAGCACUGGGCUGGGAGACGGGCAGCCGUCUUUGGGUUUCCUGAGGGCUUUUCCUGCAUCGAAGGCCCCAUAACUUGGUGCCAUUAUCACCCCUUCCACCAGAGGAGGAAACUGGGCCUCGGAGACAUUAAAUGACUUGCCCAGGAAGGCCUGGUGACUCAGGGCAGAGCAGGCCCCGUACCCAGGUCUGCAUGACUGGACUCUGCCCGAGUCCUUAUCCUGACUCUCCAGAGUCCCGCUGUGUGACUCUGGGCAAAUCGUCUCCCUCUCUGGAUCUCAGCCUCCCCACGUGCACCGUGAAGGUCACGGGAGGCUUGAGCCGCAGCAGACUUCUUGGAUUGCCCGGGGACUCGUCAAGACGCGCGUGGGACUCAGCAGGGCCGGGGCUGGGCGCCGAGCAUUUCUGACAAGCUCCAGGUGACACUGAUAGCGCUGGCCCACGGACCUCGCCUGCAGUAGCCGGGGCUUCGUCCUGUGCAGAGUCUCUGGGUCCCGCCUAGAGGCCCCGGGCAUCGUUGAAUCUCAGUGGUUGUGAAUCCCCCUGCCUCCACCUGACCGACCCGGAUCGGAGACACUGGGCCCUCAGUGUCCCUCGGAGACCCUGAGAAUGAGGACUCCGGGGACUCGGAGUCCUCUGGGCACCGGCCUGCCACACGGGAACAGAAAUGCCGGCUCAGAGGCUGGGGCUGAGAGCCACCCGUCUGUGCCCCGCCCGUGAGUCUUCUGCACGUCUCCCUCCUCCAGGCCCCUACGGCGCCAACGUGGAAGACAGCGUCUGCUGCCGAGACUACUUCCGCCACCCCCUGCCUUCUCGCAUGCUGAAGUAUUUCUACUGGACUUCAGACUCCUGCCGGAGGCCCGGUGUGGUCUUCCUUACGGUCAGGGACCGGGAGAUCUGUGCUGACCCCAGGCUGCCCUGGGUGAAGAAGAUUCUGCAGAAGAUGAACCCAUGAGAAAGGGCCCUGCCCUGAUGACCGUGGCCUUGGCUCCUCCAGGAAGGCUCACAGAGCCCCACCUCUCGGCGGUUACAGCCGCCCCUCAACACAAGCCUGUGCCGAUGGAUCUCUCCGCAAUCUCUUAUCUCUGUGCCUGUAGCUGUCACCCUCAGAGGAGCCUCCACACUGUCACUCAUCUCCCCUCUUGUCCCUCUAACCCAUUCUCUGCCCCACCGCAGCCAGAGGGGCCGCAAUCCUGGUCAGUUACUCUCCUGCUCAAAACUCUUCCAUGGCUCCCCAUUGCCCCAAGCUGAGGUGAGAGCUCCCGAGCCUGGCACCCCUGUCCCCAGCCCUGCCUCAUUUCCCUUCACACAUGUUGGACUCCAGCUCCCUGUUCUCCAAAUCCGUGCCAUACAUGUCCACUUCCAAGUCUUUUUCCAGGCUGCACCUGACGCCCAGGAUGCCUCCCCACCACCUGUGUGUGUCCACCCCUACCAGCCCUCCGAGGCACUGCUCAACCCAAGCAGCCAGCAAUUGAGUUUUAUUUUUCAGAUGUCCCCUGGCCCUCUGUCCCCUCUUAACAGCCUUGAUCACAGUCUACCCAGAAUUCUCAGGACUUGGGGAAUUUGUCCUAUCGCCCCACUGGCUGGAUCAAGGUCCCACACCUGUUACUUUGUCCAUUGGCCUUCAACGCAGAGCACAGGGCCUGGCUCAGAAUCAGGGCUCAAUGAAUGGCUACAGACUGAAUCAAUAAAAAUAAUGUUCCUCUGCCAUGGCCCAUCCCCCAAAGGCCCUCACACAUCAAUACAGAGACUCAAGUUCAUCUAGAAAGCAGCCAGUUGAGUCAAUUGUGAAACCUCAAAUUUACCCAGAUUCACCUCUCUUCCCCAUUUUACCUCUGUGUUGGGCUUUUUGACUCUUUCUUGUUUCCCUCUUGCUCCUCUAACCUCUGACACCCAGGCUUGACCUCUUCAGAGUUCCCCACUUUCCCUUUCUCCUUCCCCAAAUAACUGAUAACCAACUUUAUGCUACGGUGUGAAUGACUACCCUUGGCUUGAUAUUGCAAGCUCUAAAUAUAUUUCUAUAAGAAAAGAGGGCAAAUGCUUAAGAGGCCAAAGGGUUGAAUGGAAAAGUUUUAGGUACUGUUUGGGAGGGGGACGAGGUGGAACUUUCCUGGCCCUGGGAGUGUGUAGGAUAUAGUUAAGGGAAAGAGCCUUGGGUGGAGAUUGUUCUCAGCUGGGAGGGGCCAGGAUAAGGCCUGGGACUUGGGGCUUUUCUGCACUUCCUUGGGGACAAUAGAUUCCCCAGGUCAAGGAAAUAAACUUUACACGUGCUCGUUUCUCUCCAAGGGAGCGUGGUGCAGUUUAGCAGGGUGGUUGAUGCUGUGUGAAUCUGAGGAGACCACUGACCCUCUCUGAGCCUCGCUUGAGAAUGAGAAGACCCAUAUUAUGGGGUUGCUGUGGGGUUCAGGUCCAAGACAUGGGGAGCAAAACUCAGUGUCUUCCAGGGCCCAGAGCCCACGGUCAUCUGCCCACCGUGAACACUGAAAGUGUUAACCUACCCACUGCCCGCGCAUAGGGCCCUCAAGCGUCCUGGGAUUGCUCUCCCCUCCUGUCCUGCCCCGGUCCCUCGGGCCUUCUGAAAAAUAAACCCUCUACCACAGUG